AUGGCUAGCGAGGAAAGCACCCUCUGCUGCACGUUUUCAGCCCCGUGCCACAGUGCCAUUCUCCUCCAGGGCUUGUCAAUAUUGAGGGCUCAAGGCCAACUUCUUGACGUGGUGCUGGCCAUCAAUGAGGAGCGCUUCCAGGUCCACAAAGCUGUGCUGGCCGCUUGUAGUGAUUACUUCAGAGCUAUGUUCACUUGCGGCAUGAAGGAGUCGAAUCAAAAUACCAUUGAGCUGGAAGGUUUGUCUGCCCGGGGCCUGAAGCAUAUUAUUGACUUUGCUUACAGUUCGGAAGUCACUUUAGAUCUGGACUGCAUUCAGGAUGUCCUUGGAGCAGCUGCUUUCCUCCAGAUGGUCCCUGUUGUUGAAUUCUGUGAAGAGUUCCUCCACUCAGCCAUGAGUGUUAAGACAUGCCUGCACAUUGACCAGAUGGCAACCACCUUCAGUUUGUCUUCCCUCAAGGCGUCGGUGGAUGCCUUCACUUUUUGCCACUUCCUUCAAAUAGCCGCGGAGGAGGACUUCCUGCACAUUCCCGUGGAGCGCCUCGUCUUCCUUCUGCAGAGCAACAAGCUGAAAAAUUGCCGCGAGAUUGAUCUCUUCCAUGCAGCUAUUCGAUGGCUCCGACACGAUGAGUCCCGUCGCACUCAAGCGAGCAAUGUCCUCUGCCAUGUGCGCUUCCCACUCAUGCGUUCGUCUGAGCUGGUGGACAGUGUUCAGAGGGUAGACAUCAUGGUGGAGGACGUGCAGUGCCGCCAGUACCUCAUGGAGGCCUUCAAUUACCAAAGUCUUCCAUUCGGAGAGCAUGAGAUACCGUCACCACGCACGCUCAUUCGUUCUGACGCCACAUCAUUCAUCACCUUUGGCGGGACCCUAGACAUACCUUUCAGAGGCAAAGCAUGCACCAAGGUGUAUUAUCUCCCUGAUUCUGCUUCCCGUCAGUUUCAGCAGUUGACCGAGAUGGACACAGGGUGCAGCCAUGCCUGCGUCGCCGUCCUUGACAACUUUGUGUAUGUUGUGGGUGGUAUGUAUUCCAAUGAACAGGGUGCUGUUAACAGCUGUAUGCGCUUUGAUCCGAACUUGAUCCGGUGGCUCCGCAUCCAACCAAUGCAGGAGGCCCGCUUCCUGUUUCUUCUCAGUGUCUUGAAUGGAAAACUGUAUGCCGCUGGAGGGCGCAAUCGAUCUGGCAGUCUGUCAUCUGUGGAGUGCUACUGCCCAAAGAAAAAUAAGUGGACCUACGUGGAGCCAUUAAAAGACAGGAUUUGGGGUCAUGCGGGGACCCCGUUUGGAGAAAAGCUGUACAUUUCCGGUGGUUAUGGCGUCUCUUUGGAUGUCAUGAAAACCCUUCGGUGUUAUGACCCAGUGGCCGACCAGUGGAACUUCAGAGCGCCCAUGAACGAACCUAGAGUGCUGCAUGCCAUGAUAUGCAGUCGAGAUCGGGUCUAUGCUUUGGGUGGAUUCGUGAAGCGUGUGGGCGACUGUUUUGAUGUGCUGACUGUCGAGCAUUACGAUCCACAGAGUGACCAGUGGACAAUCGUCAGCCCCAUGAGAACAGGCCAGACCGCGGCUGGCUAUUGCCUACUGAACGGAAAAAUCUAUCUUGUCGGGGGCUACAACUUGUACCAGAACAAGGUCACGAGCAUUGUCCAGGUGUACAAUACAGAGACUGAUAAGUGGGAGGGACAUUUACAGUUUCCUAAAUCCGUAUUUGGGAUUGCUUGUACACCAAUCGCACUUCUGUAGACACAGAAUAUCUGACCUCUUAGCUGUGAAAAUCUGCGUUAUUCUCCCGUAAUUCAAGACAAGGACCGUAAAUGGUCGGCAUGGGAUGAAGUGACUUCAAUUUGAUCACGACAUGGAACUUCAUGGCACAAUACAAUUUGAUGCUGAGUUCGUACAUCAUGACUUGACAUC